GCGUCAACAGCACGUCUGAGUUCGAACCGAACGAACGAUGCCUGAACCAGCGAAGACUGCGCCCAAGAAGGGCUCCAAGAAAGCCGUGACAAAGACCGCCGUCAAGGGCGGCAAGAAGAAGAGGAAGACCCGCAAGGAGAGCUACGCCAUCUACGUGUACAAGGUGCUGAAGCAGGUCCACCCCGACACCGGCAUCUCCUCCAAGGCCAUGAGCAUCAUGAACUCCUUUGUCAGCGACAUCUUCGAGCGCAUCGCCGGCGAAGCCUCCCGUCUGGCGCACUACAACAAGCGCUCCACCAUCACCUCCAGGGAGAUUCAGACCGCCGUCAGGCUGCUGCUGCCCGGGGAGCUGGCGAAGCACGCGGUGUCCGAGGGCACCAAGGCGGUGACCAAGUACACCAGCUCCAAGUAGACAGUGCUGCAACCACACAGGCUCUUUUAAGAGCCGCCCACUAUGACCUAAAGACCAGUCCUUGUGUUUUUGUGAUUAUAUUCAAUUAAAAUUAUUUUUAUUAUAUUUUAUUAUACAUGUAAAAUGUAAUAAAAGUAAGAAAUCUUACUUCA